AAUGCGAAUGUGCCGGUGUUCAUAUCCCGCAGGAGAACACCAAUUAAGGACGUGUAUAUAAAUCAAACCCGCAAACAUUAUAAUUGGCGUAAACAAACAUUAAGCAAUAAAGACAUAGAUCUCAAGCCCAAGGUUGACGACAACAUUCAUGUUUAAGGGUCACGGUAACGAUUUAACACCAUAUCGGCCUGGAGCUCGUCCAUAAAAAUAUAUAACAUAAAAAUUACAAACGUAUAAAUAAUGCUUCGUUAAUAUAUUCGUGUACCUAUCGUGUACGACUUAACGAUUCCAAAAUUUAAUAUCGAUAUUAUGUAUGUACCAAUUUCAAAUUAUUAGGACCAUUGAUAAUAACAAAACGCAAUGUCAAUGACAUAACGUCAAAACGGAAAACCCAAACGUCAAAGUUGUAGAUGUAAUUACGCAGAGAUGUCUUUAACAAUGGAUUGUGUGGCUAAAUUGAAAAUUCUGUUGCUUGGUGAGAGUGGCGUUGGUAAAUCUAGUAUUAUAUUAGCGUUCACAAAAGGCGACUACCAAGCACAGUUCCCUGCUACAAUCGGAGUGGACUACAACCAUAAGAUUAUGGAUGUAAAUGGACUAAAAGUUAAACUCGGAAUUUGGGAUACGGCAGGACAAGAACGAUAUAGAACUUUAACAACCAGUUUUUACAGAGAAGCGCACGGUGCUAUAUUAGUUUAUGACGUAUCUGAACCAAAAACCUUAGCAAAGUUAAACGAAUGGGUUGAAGAGUUACAAGUUUACACUACGAAUAAGAAUAUUGUCUGUUUGGUCGUUGGAAAUAAAAUUGAUAAGGAUAGAGCGGUACCCCGUGAACACGGUCAGGCCUUCGCUCAGAAACACAGAAUGCUUUUCAUCGAGAGCAGUGCUAAAACACAAGAAGGCAUACAUCUCGCCUUUGAGGAACUGACCCAAAAGAUUAUCGAAACUCCUGGAUUAUGGGAGAAAGACACAUCGGCUUCAAACAUUCGGGUUACAGAGGAAGAAGCGAGAGAACAAGGUGGAUCGUGCUACGAAACAACUUGUUCCAUAAAAUAAAUGUUAAAAAUAACUGUGAUCCGGAGGAAUAUCAGAUUUUAUAUAAUAUCACUGAUUCGUAGAAUCAAAAUUAUAAUCGCAUUAAACUGGUAAUGUUAUUAUUACCAAUGAAUUGAUAUGAUCCGAAUGAAGAUUAAAUUUAAAAUACCUUUACAGUUUUAGUUAAUUUAAAUUAUGUCUACAACUCGCGAAAACCGAAGAAAAUAUCAUUUAAGAGUAAGAUUAACACAGCACAGCACUAAAAAAAUUACCAAUUAAUUGGUAUUAAUAUAACUGAUGUUAUUGCUUUUUCGUUAAUAUUUUAGAUAUAAUUGCGAUUAAAUGUUAAUUCUUUGACUGCCAUUUAGGUCACCGGUGAUAAUGUUAGGCACUUAGUAACAGAAAUCAACAUAAUUGCAUCAGUGCGCCGCGUAGGUCACCAGUGACCUACACGGCAGUCAAAGGGUUAAACAACAUUUGUACAGAAUAAUGUGUGUUGUCUGGGUUCAAAUUAUAAUCGUUUUCAUUUGUGUUAAUUUUUUACUUUAACACGUUGACCGCUAGUUGCCUGUAGGUCACCAGUGGCCUACAGGCGACGAUUUUCUUACUUAGACACCGGAAGAUCUAGUAGACUACGAGAAAGGCGAAUCUGAAGAUACUGAGAAAUAAUCUGUUUCUAAGAUACCUAAGAAGGCCAUGUUAGGCUAUCCAGACGAUUAGUAACAGAAAUCGACAUUAUUACUUCAGUGCGCUACGUAGGGCACCCGUGACCUACCUGGGUAAUGUGUUGAGCAAUUUGGCUUUUUUGAAGAAGACGUACUGUCCAAUGAUAGCAGGUGUUGUAUUCAGACAGGACGCCGCACGAGGUCACAUGCGCCACAGAGGAUUUCGUGUUAGGCAUCCUCAGCUCUUUCCAGGAAUUUCACCUUUUUCAUUUCCUCAACCUAGUCGCUGGUAGCCAAAGAGGCUAUUCCACUUGGACGGGUAGGUGAGCUCACGGGCUCAACCUGAGUAAAUUUCUAACACAAGCUCAGCCAAAGCAGUGCUUCGUCGAAUCUUCCACCGGAUCGGAAUCGCGACCCACUGAGAAGAUCCGGCGAAAAUAGUGACCAGUAAUUGGAGAGCCUAAAAGCACCGAGAGUGGAUCGGGAGGAUCCUAUAAGUUUAGGACUACAUCGACUUUGCGUUGCCCCAUCAUCUGAGAGGGUUAUCGUGACGCGCCGCUUUUUCAAAGAAGCGUUCUGACGCUGUCUUCAGAUACGUACGUAUCGGUUCUAAUUCGAAGUCACCGUGAAGAACCUUCUCAUAUUCCACGGUGCUCCGGCUAUCUUUCAGAAACUGGAUUGGAUUACGUAGAGAGUUUAUGUACUUGCGGGCCCCGUGAGCGAAAACUACACUUGCGUAUGUCCUUACGGAACAUAUUAUGCAAGCUUUGUAUGGUGUUUAGUGUCACCUUGUUGUGAAAAUGUUACUAUUAAACCAUGUUCCCAAGUGACUUUAAACAAAAGAUGGGGCGUUAAAACUAAAAUUCUCGUCAAUCGAAUCUUAUGUGCUUUGCGAUUUGCAAAACCAAUUUGCUUGUGAUGGUAACACACAUUCGGUUAACCAGAACAGAGGUCAUCCCUUCCUAGAAAAUAUUUAUUUAAUAGCAUAUAGGUACGCUCUAACCUCUAUUUCUAGAGGAUUGAUUUUCAUUGCUCUUCCACUAGCCUAUCAUUUCAUUAAGUUAUUGAAUCAGCAAUCAACAGCGAAGGCAAGCUGAUCGCUUCAUACAAGGACAUUGACCUUAGCCGAUUCAUUGAGCUAUUUGUGUUACAUUACGUGCUGUGCAAAAACGUUAGUAAAAGCUUUAUUUGUUUUAUUGAUGGAUGAAUCAGUCGAUCUGGUGUUAAUUAGCUACCGGGGCCGGGGCACUUUGAGACAUGAGGUCGAAAUUUUAAUUGUAUAAUGGCUGUCUCAAGGAUAUUGAAAUGUAUGACUGCUCGCGGCAGAUAUAAACAGGGUGGUACCUUACCAUACCAGGCCUCUAAUAUUCCCAAUAAAAGAACAAUAAUAUAUCUAAUGUUAGCACAUCAGAAAGCUUCAGUGUGUACCCUUGUCUUUGUGUAUCGGAGGCUUCCUUUACGUCAGCUGUUAUAAAGCUUACCUUAGAAAUGUUACAAUUUCCAAAUAAGAUUUCCAGACGAUUGAUAUGAAUAUUUCUAACAAUUAUGACCUUCAGCUUUAGCUUCGUAUUUAGAAGUUGUGCACAAUUUGUAAAAUAUUAAUUUUUUGAAUCUAAUUUAGAGAGAACACUUACACUAGUGUUGUUUGUAUGUUGCAAUUACAUUAUAUUUAUCUAUUUUAUUAUAUUUAAGUGGGUAUGAUAAUUUUAUUAUUUUGCCAAAAUGAUCAUUGGCAUUUUGUGCUGUAUUUUUAAUAAAACUAUGGAAGCAAAUUUACAAAACAAUAUUUACAAAGA